AUGAAACUUAUAACCGACGGAGUCUGGUCUCUUUCAAGAACACAUUUAAGAAUACUUCGGACUGCAGAGCAAUGCAUGAAGUCACACGUGGUUAUUCCCUUUGAUGUGCUGAAGACCAGAUCACAAAUAAAAGGCAACUUCAUGGAGCAUGUGAUAGAUCUGUGCAAACUCAAGUUCCUUUCUUAUGUGGAGAAUGGAUACAAACUGACGUACUCUGGACAUGAUUGCCUUGCAAUUAACACACUGAGGUCACGCGGGCUUGAAGCAAUGGGAGAAAAGAUAGGGAUUGGAAAGGAGUCUGACAUUUAUCUCGGGGUGUACAAGGGAAAGGAUUCAAUAUUGAAGCUCCACAGGCUUGGGCGGAGCAGUUUUCGAAAUGUGAGGAGAAAUCGGGAAUACGCAGGGGAGAAGACAGAUUGGCUUGCAUUGUCAAGAACUUCUUGUAGAAGAGAAGUUGAGUACUUGGAAAAGUUCAAGGACAUGAAUGUUCCUGCAGUACUUGACCAUGACAGACAUGCUAUUGUGCAGGAGUUGCUGGAUUAUCUCCCCUUAUACAAGACAAGAGUGGAGAAUGUGAAGACGAUUUUUUAUCUUAUGAUAGACUUCAUUAAGGACCUAUGGAAAAGAGGAUAUGUGCACGGAGACUUCAAUGAAUUCAAUGUUCUGGUGAAAGACGACAUAAAGGUCAUAGACUUUCCUCAGUGCAUCCAGAGCAACGAUGAGAGAGCAGUAAGCUACCUGAGAAGAGACUUUGAAUGCGUCCUAACAUAUUUCAAAAAGAAAUACAGAUACGAGCCGGAGAAUGGAUGUUCUAAGUUUAUGAGGGAAUUGGGGAUAGAAGACUUCCUAGAUGAGCCUGAGACUUAUGGGACUGAUUCUGAGGAUUCAUCCCUCUAUUCGACUGAUGAAGUGGGUUCCCAAAAGGAGAUGGAGCUUCUAGAGACAAAAAUGGAGAAGACUUUCAUUUCUGAUACCCAGAGUGCAUAA